CGCCGAUGAUUGCUUUGGCGGCUCGAUGGAGACCAACGCGGUGCUACUUUCCGAUGGGCACAUCAUGUGGGACUCACCCGCCAUCACCAAGAGCUCCUGCAAGGUGGAUGUCUCCUACUUCCCCUUCGAUGGGCAGCUGUGCCACCUCCUCUUCUUUGGCUCCUGGGCCUACAAUGGGAACCAGAUCGACCUCUGCAACAGAUUGGACACCGGGGACCUGACGGACUUUGUGAAGAAUGUGGAGUGGGAGCUGCUGGGCAUGCCGGCCACAAGGAAUGUCAUGACCUACAGCUGCUGCUCUGAGCCCUACCCUGAUGUCACCUACACCUUGGUCCUUUACUGCCAUGCCUCCUUCUGCAUUUUCAACCUACUCCUGCUCUGCAUCAUGGUCUCCUUCUUGGCACCCCUCGGCUUCUACCUGCCAGCUGACUCAGGGGAGAAGGCCUCCCUGGGGAUGACGAUGCUGCUGGCCCCCACCGUCUUCCAGCUGCUGGUGGCAGCGAGACUAACCCCACCCUCGGAGAGCGUCCCGCUCAUCGGGAAGUACUACAUUGCCACCAUGACCAUGAUCACGGUCUCCACGGCAGUGACCAUCUUCAUCAUGAACAUCCACCACUGUGGCCCAGGGGCCCGACCUGUCCCUCCCUGGGCCAGGCGGCUCAUCCUGCACCACAUGGCCCUGCUCUGCUGUGUCUAUGAGGUGGGCGAGAGCUGCAAGAGUCCCCAGCAGGUGCCAGACAGGCGGGGGGGCAGAGGGGGGGCCGGUGGGCCAGGGGAGGGGGAAGUGGGAACCGAGGCGAGGUGCUGCCCCCAAAACUGCUGCCUGUGCCACUACGAUGGCCUGUUAGAUGUUAGCUACAUCGCCGGCUGCUUCUGGUGCCACCGAGCCAACCAGCGCCGGACCAAUGAGUGGAGGAAGGUGGCCAAGGUGAUGUACCGCUUCUUUACGUGAAUCUUCUCCCUCAUGGUCUUCCUCAUGAGUGUGCUGGUCCUGGGCAAAGCUGCUUGA